AUGUCCUCCCCGUUCAACCCUCUUACGCCGAGCCUCGGGCUCCCCGGUCCCACCGGCAACACGCCAUACAUGAACCUGGGAGUCUCGCCAUCACAAGCCAUGUCCCCCGCCUCGCCCUGGUUCAACCUGCAGCAGCCCGGCUCAGCCUCAAACCCCCUGGCCUCCCUCGGCCUGCCCGGCUUCGGGAUGACGCCGAACGCGACGUCCGGUACACCGUCGGCGCUGGCCAACCUCGGUCUGGGAAUGGGGAUGGGACAGCAAGUCGGGCUCAUGGCGCCGCCGACACAUACGGUGCCCGCCUCGACGGAUCUGGACGAUGCUCUCAGGGUGUUCCCGGAGAUUCUGCGGAGAGUCGAGCGCGCAGAGCAGCUUCGCGCCGAGUGCGCAACCUUAGAGGGAAGAGUGUUCCGAGAGGGAAGCGAGAAUAUGGAUAACAGGAUCGAAACGGUGCAGCUUGAGUACGCCCAAACUCUUCUCGAGCUCAUCUCGCUCACGAGCACGUAUCUCGUCGGUGCACUGCCGCUUGCGACUCCGCCAAUUGGGGCGGCUACACCACUCGCGGACCUUGCUGCCUGGACGGAACAGAGGGCCGAGGCGCAGUUCGCCAAGCGCGAGGCCGUCAAGGACGCGUCGAAGGCUGUCGUCGAGGUUCUGUCGAAGAGGGACUGA